CACAAAAUUUUAUACCUCGUAGGGACUCCCUAAAGUUUCCCAAUAUCAAUUGAAUUCCCUAGCUACCGUAGAUUCGUCCCACCCGAACCGGAAAACUCAGAGUCAGAGACACCGAAUUGAGUUGAUUUGCAGACCUUUCUCUUUCUCUUAACUUGUCAACUAUUGUACUUGCAGGUACAAUGUCUCAUUGCAUCAUCACUAAUUUUAACUGCUAACUUAAGCGAGAGAGAUCUCUGCAGCUACCGUUUGUGCAGUGAGAUAGAAAGAAGAAAAUGGGAUCUGGUCAAUCCGUAGAAGUUGUUGAAGAAGAGAGCGAAGAAGAAGAGGAAGAUGACGAAGAAGCCGACAAUGACAAUCCUAACCGUAGAGAAUUGUCAGAGAAUCAUUUAGUCAAAAAGGUUCUAGAACAAGAACCGGAAAUGUUGCCUUACUACGCGUCCGCAUCUCCGUUAUCUCCGCAGCUUUCUUCGCUGGGUACGCCGAGGUUGGGUCCUUCGAUCAAAGUGUGGGACCCGUAUAAUGUUCUGGCGCCACCGCCGCCGCCUUCGGCCACGCUGCCGAUAUUCUCUAGGAGUUUGUCGGCGGACGAGGAUCGGACGGUUAUGGAGGUGUUUCUGAUUAGUCACGCAGAGUGUGAGUUGAAUUUGAGUCCGUAUUUGGUUGGAGGGAGAUGCCACGUGGCCAAAUUGACGCCCAAUGGGAAAAGGCAAGCUAGGGCUUUGGCUGUGUUGUUGAAUUCGCAAGGAGUCAGGUUUAACGCUGUUUAUACUUCGCCAUUGGCUCGAGCUAGAUCCAUGGCUGUCUCUGUUUGUCAGGAAAUGGGUUUUGCAGAGGACCAGAUACAAUCUUCAGAUGCGAUUGUGGAGAUGAGCUUUGGGCAUUGGGAGGGAUGCCUGAAGUCAGAAACAUAUACACCUGAAAUUUUGAACUUCAUAGAAAGAUACCAGCCGGACUUUUCUCCACCUGCUGGAGAAUCACUGAGGCAGGUGGAAUUUAGGAUGGUUCAAUUCUUGAACGAGACAGUCCUGGGACUUGGUGAGAAAGUGAGGUCUGAUUUUUCAUUUCAUAAUCAGAAUGAUAGCCAGGGCUUUUCACACCACAACUCCCAGUCGAUUAAUGAUAGAGAUGGGUUAUCUCUCUCUUCCCCUCACUGGGAUUUGCUGCACAAGCAUAGACAAGGUUUCUCGAGAAAGAAAUCUGGGAAAAGCAGGCUACAGAAUGUGACAACCACUGGUGAUCAUGAGGUGGAUGAUGAGUUUUCCCCUCGAGAAUCCAACCACCGGAAUGACCUCCAAGAUUCAAGUAUCAGGAGCUCUUCCUCCUCUAUGACUUCUACCGUCGGUGUUUUCACUCAUUCAAUGCCGAUUAAGUGUCUCCUCACUGGUCUUCUUGGAUGCAGUCCAGUAAUGGCACAUAAAAUCUGCAUAGAUGAUUCUUCAGUGACGGUAUUACAGCAUUCAUGGAGAACUGGCUGGCAGGUAAAAAGGUUAAAUGAUACUGCACAUUUGAGGCUUCUCUAAUUAAAGAACUCUAGCAUACUAUUGGGGAAUGCACUCACAGGAAAGUAAACUGUUGUUGGCUUUAAGUUUUCAUUACUAUUAUCGAUGGAUGGGAUUCAUGUGAUUUAGUUGACAGGUUUUCACAUGAAUGGAUGAUACUUGUGCUAGUUGCUAUAAUCUUUGAUAUGUUUAUUUCCAGAUUGACCAACUCCAAAGAGAAGAGGGUUUUAUUUGGCGGUUGGAUCUUUGUAUUUGUGAUUCUUUUGAUUGUAGGUGAAACGUUAUGUAUUUCCUGUAAAUGGAAAUCUGUGUUUUUGAAUUUAACAAAAUGAUGAACUUGUACUUCUUUGUGGUUUA